AUGACGACCCUUCAAACCGUUCCGACUUCGUUUGUCUCCGUCAAUGGACUGAAAAUCGCUUACCGGCGCUUCGGGGCAAGCAGUCCCUUGCCUUUGGUCUAUGUCAACCAUCUUCGUGGUAGCAUGGAUACGCUCGAUCCGCUUCUGUUUAACAGCAUCGCCAAAAGCCGCGAAGUGAUUGUCUACGACAGUGCUGGUAUUGGACACAGCGAAGGAACCGUGCCAGACUCCAUUCCCGAGAUGGCUGCGAUCGUUGUCAACCUUCUUGCUGCGCUUGAAAUUCCAAAGGCCGAUUUCAUUGGCUUCUCCAUGGGCGGCGGUAUCGUGCAGCAUAUUGGAUUUGAAUACUCUCAAAUUGUCAACAAAUUGGUCCUGGCGGGCACUCAACCGGGAAUCGGCGAAGGUGUGGCUUUGCCCCCGCGGGAGGUUUUGGAAAGCGCUGGAGCAAACAACGACCAGCCACCAACGGAAGAUGACAUGAUGAACCUUUUCUUCUAUCCCUCCGAGACCAGCCUCGCCCUCGGCCAUGCCUGGUGGAAGCGGAUCCACGAGCGCAAUGUUGAAGGUGAACCCCGGAAGGCGUAUCUUACCGGGACCGGGGCACAGGCGCAGCUCGCUGCGAUUUUCAAAUUCACCACCGAUACUCGCAAUUUUGAACGUUUGGCAGACAUCAAGGCCCCGGUUCUUGUGACGAACGGCCAUACGGACAUUAUGUCGCCCACUUCAAACAGUUUCGUGCUGCAGCAAAAGAUCGCCAAUGCCCACCUGCAUCUUUAUCCCGACGCAGGGCACGGACAUCUCUUCCAGGUGCCGGAGCUUUACGCAAAGGAGCUUGAGCUGUUCUUGAACAACUGA